AAUAUUCUUAUACACUUCUAUACCUCGUCUGUAUGCCAUGUACAUACGGAUCAUUUCUUGGUCCGUGGAUUUUAUACACUCCACCUAGUGGUAUAUAUUAUAACUGUAACAAGUUUACGAGAUUUUUUCAUAAUCUGACAUGUUAAUAUUGUCACUUCGGCCAGUAGCAAAAUUAUAUAUGUGUGCAUAACACCAAUAAAAUCUGCAUUCCUUUCAAGUGACUUCUUUUCAUCCGUGAAACGGUACAAACGAUGCGUAUGUAGUAUGUACAUGUAACUUGUGACUUUGUUCAACCAGUUUCCAAAGAAACAAUUUAUCUAAUAAUUAAUUUUCAAGUCAAAAUUUGUUAAUUACAUGCUUAACGCUUAAAAUGUAACUGUUAUUGCAUGGAACAAUACAUAAAUUAGAUGAAACAUUGAACUGUCACAUGACAUAUCCUUCGAGUAUGUUUUACACAUGGAAAUAGAUCCAAAGGCGGUACAAUCACCCGUCAGAAAUACGUGACAACGAGAACUAUGUUUUGUGAACAAAUCCUAUUUCUACGCGUUUGACAGAUGAUUAAUUGUCAGUCUUAAGAAACUUAAAAACGGUUGCGAUUAAAAGAAUAAGCUCACGAUGGAAGCAGUACCAAGGUUACCGAUGAUAUCGUUCCAAUUAAAAGUCAGUCCGGAAACUACUACGUUUGGAUUAAAAUUGAAGCAGUACAUCCUUGAUUUUUAUAAUGAGGAUCCUGAAUCCUAUUCGAAUGAAAUACAUCAGUUGGAAAGUUUACGAGCAAUGGCUAUUAGACCACCAGUCGACAUGGCUGGUUGUUUAUUAUUGAAGAAGUAUUAUUGUCAGUUACAUUUUCUUCAGAGCAGGUUUCCUAUGGGAAAAGAUGGAGCAGCAGCAGUCACAUUUACAUGGAGAGACACAUAUGCGAAUAUGGUUUGUUCAUUGGCCAAUAUUCGCUUUGAAAUCAUUUCGGUAUUAUACAAUAUCGGCUCGAUGCAUACUCAAUUAGGUGCACGUACAGAGAGGCUAUCUGCUGAUGGUAUGAGAAUAGCCUGUGCACAUUUUCAAUGUGCGGCAUGGGCAUUUGAACAUUUAAAAAACAGUUAUCCACAGCCAUCUGGUGUAGAUUUAGCCCCAGAAUUGAUGACGUUUAUGCAUCAACUUUGUUUGGCUCAGGCACAAGAAUGCAUAUUAGAGAAGAGUAUGCUUGAUAAUCGUAAACCUACAAUCGUCGCAAAAGUCGCAAGACAAAUAGUGGAUUAUUAUACGCUGGCAUUAACCACGCUUAAACAAGGUGGAAGUGAAGAUGGAACUAUAUCAGAUACAGUUGGUACAAAAAUAUACAGGAGUUGGAAACGAUACGUGAAAUUUAAAAAGGCCUACCAUCUAGCAGUUACUCAUCUAUAUCAAGGGUUAGCAGCAGAAGAACAGAGAAAAAUGGGAGAGAGGGUGGCAUUUUAUAAUGCUGCAUUAGCUUCGUUAAAUGAAGCACAAUCAAUUUAUGCACAUGCAAAGACUGAAGAGAAGACACUUAUAGAAGAAGCACUUACCUUUACAAACGACGUGAUAGAGGGGAAACGUAAAGCAGCUAAAAAUGAAAAUGAAUUUAUAUACCAUGAAGAGGUACCUGAGAAGGAAACUCUACCCACAGUAAAAGGAGCCUCGUUAGUUAAAGGAAUAUCGUUUAGUAUAAACGAUCCUGAAGUUUCGGGUCCUGAUAUAUUUGCCAGAUUAGUACCAAUGAAAGUACACGAAGCCAGUUCUUUGUACUCGGAGGAAAAAGCAAAAAUAUUGCGAUCCAUUGGCAGCAAAAUCGAAGAUAAAGAUCAACAGUUGAAUAGUUACUUAGCAUCUUUAAAGUUAGAGCAUAUGAGUCUAUGGGAUCCCGAUGUUCAAAUUACGGAAUGGGAACGUUUGCCUCUUCCUGAUGAAUUGGUUGAAAGAUGCGCAGCACUGAAUGCAAAGCAGCACGUCAUUCAAGAACUAGUAGAUGUAAUGGGAAAAUUAUCCAACACCAGUCAAGACGUCGAGAAGAUAUUGAAGGAAAUUAAUAAGCUUCUUCUUGACGAAGAGAUGAAAGAAAAACAGUAUCAGGAUGCAGUUGGAAAAAGACCGCCAUCGAUCGUAGCUACUGAUUUAACCAGGGAAGCUAAAAAAUAUGAAGAAGCUCACAGCAAAGCAUCAGAGAGUAAUCAUGCAUUGCACAAAGCGAUUACAAUGCAUGUGAAAAAUUUAAAAAUACUCGCCCAACCACUUGCCGAACUUAUGACUCAUGUACCAUCACCGAGUGCCUACCUUUCAGAACAAAACAACGAGAAAUCACAAACUGCUAUCGAAUUGGAACGAAUGCACACAAAAGAAUUGAAACACAUUUUAGGCAAAGUGGAUGAAAUGCGCCGACAAAGAAACGAAUUACAUACAAAAUUACGCGAUUCGAUUGCACAGGAUGAUUUGACACGAUUAUUAGUUACUGCUACAUCCGAUUCCGGACCUUUGGACCGCUUAUUCGCAGAUCAACUUAGUAAACAUCAAAAUUUAGUAUCAUUGAUAGAGCAAAAUCUUGUUGCACAAGAUAAUAUCCUAGCAGCUUUGACAGACGCGUACGCUCAAACUGCUAACGUACGAAAAGGAGUCGAGGAAAUAUUAAAACGUCGAGAACAUACUGUAACGUCUUUAAUCGCGUCCUAUGAUGCUUACGAAGAUUUGUUGGGCAAAGCCAACAAAGGUCUCGAAUUUUAUAGGAAAUUGGAGAUAAAUGUGUCGAAAUUGCUGCAAAGAGUGAAAAGCACUUGCAAGGUGCAGGAAGAGGAACGCGAGCACAUUCUUGCUCAGGAUAACAAAAAUUCCCAAGGAAAAGUCGAUACGAUGACAACUACUACUUACGACCAAAACCGCGUUCGAUCUGGUAGUGGUCUUAAGUUGAAAGAUUAUUUAAAUAACAGACCAGAGAAUGUUCAGAAUCAAUAUUAUAACGUGGGCAAAGGCCAAGCUAGACCAUUUCCAGGAGACGCAACAGUGAAAGCAUAUUUAGACGAUACAGUAGACAAGAACGUAAUUCAUUCCGCGGGAAUUUCAUUACCGGAUACAGCAUCGUCUGCACAGUCUAUGCAACAGUAUUAUCCCGCAUCAUACACAGAUUACAAACCCAAUUUACCAUACGCUUACGAAACUGUUUCGUAUAAUGAAAACUCCACGGUAAACAAUACUUCGAUUCCAAGCUAUGUACAAAUGAAUAACACAGAUACCACGAAUACUUAUCCGCAAGUAACCGUAACAAAUAUGACAACGAGUACUGCAAGCACUGUAGCACAUUAUCCGACAAAUUCCUUCAUGUCAAAUGGUCAAUACUCUGCAGUUUUGGAUGGUCAACACAAGUAUUCUACAAAUACUCAACUGCAGUAUAAUCUUCCUUCAAAUGUAGCACAAUAUGAAACUUAUCAACCUCCGAUAAAUUACAACACCGGAUACAAUUUUACACAACAGUAUCCCUCUACUGUUGAAAAAUCCGACAACGCGAUUGACACAAAAGUUCGGAAUCUACCUCCCGAAAUGUCAGUAGUAUCACAGACAGCUGUACCAACGUCUAGUGUAACUAGCAAAUCCCUGAAUGUGCAUCAAAAUAUUUACAUGGCUACAGAUCAACAACGGCAGCAGUAUGGAACUGAGUCAGUUCCUCAGCAAACACUUGCUUCUGAAGGAUCUGCGCAAACUAUUCGAAACCAACAGGUGUUGCCAGCUAAUGGUCCUCAGAUGCAAAACUAUGUACUCCCACAAAUCAGUCAAAAUGAAGUUCCAUGUUCUCAAGAUUACAGCAGUGGAACAGUAUACUAUAACCAAUUGGAUCUGCAUACCCAGCAGACAGCUGGGUCUGCUCAAAGCACGCCUGGAACAGCCAAUAUCGCUGUCUCUACAUCUCGCAUACCAACGCAUUACGUGCAUACAAACAUUCCUCAAUCCGUUAACUCCACUACAUCUUUGACAGUUAUAGGGAACGAAAAGGACACUUCAAACUUACAUAGUACUACUAUUAUGCAAUAUCCAGGCCAAACAGAGCCAUUUUAUGUGGAUAAAACUUAUUCGUAUGGAACGCAAGUACCCAUCAACAACACAGCUUUAAGUUACCCCUGUACAUACCAAAGUGUGCAGCAAAACACUGGUGUUUCAUAUGCCCACACUAUCAUGCCUUCUGAUACCUGUAACACAUACACAUACCCAAACUGCUCAAGUACUGCAGAAAUAAUUCAAAGUCAUGCAAAAUCAUCAACCAUCCAAAAUUAUUCACAGAUGUACCAGUAUCCACAGCAAUCACAUUAUUCUGGAUAUGUUGGUUAUUCGCCUUCUUAUAAUCAAGGAUAUAAUUACAUGCAAAGCAAUCAAAUAACAAAUGCAGUAACAGAGACUUACAAAAACCAUAUGGGAUACACAUAUAAUCCCACUAGUCAGUGCUACGAUUACAAUCCAUCAAUUAACCUACAAAAUAUGCAACCUGUUCAGGAACAACAACAACAACCACCACCAGCACCACCACCACCACCACCAGCAGAGUUGACAUUGCAAACGACUGUUACAAACAGUAACGUUUAUUUACCUCAAGAGAGCAAUGCAACAUAUACAAAUGCUAGCAAUAACUCAUUGGUGAGUCAAACACCAUCUUCUCAGUAUUCGGGGCAGCCGUAUCAGUCUCAAGGUGCAUCUGAUAUCUAUUAUACAACACCAUAUGGUCUUCAAAUGCAAAAUCAAGCAUCCACUGGUAAAAAUGAAAACCAAACAAAUUAUAAUCAAACAUAUAUGCAAGCUGUUAACAAUGGAACAAAUACAACUACGAGCAAAAAUCCCACAAAAUCUACCACAAAAUCAUCAGAAAAGUCUAACGUGGAUUUGUUGUCUGACUUGGACAUUACUAUAAAUCAUGCUCCCUUAGUUCCGGAAAUACGUCCUUUGAACAAAACUCAAAUACAAGAGGAAUCUGAAGUCAGCACUGUCGAUGAUGGAGACAACAUAGAACAACAAAAUGAAAAUGAACAAGCGAAUGCACAGGCUUGUGCCAGCGAGGAUAAAGUAGAAAAUGAAAAUUUACAAAUAGUGUGGGAUACAUGGUAUAAUGAUGUACAACCAAAAAAAGAUCCUCUAGGAGAACCAGUGGCUCUUCAAAAAUUCAUUAGCGAAGUUGAAAAAUAUGAAAAAUUUAUAGAUAGUUUACUUGUUAAAACAUUAAGCGGGGCAACAAAUCUUGACAUAAAGUGGAAGGAGAUCCAAGAAUUUGAAGAGAGAGAAACAGGAAAGCAAUCAUGUACUGUGGCAUUGGCUCAUUCCUCAGAGAACAGAGUUAUGGAAUGUAUCCCUUACGAUGCUGCUAGGGUACAGAUACUAUCAACGGAUAUUCAACUAAGUUAUAUCAACGCUUCACAUGUAGUGGAAAUCACACAAUGGAUGCCAACAUCGUUCAUCGUUACUCAAACACCAUUAGUAGAUAAAACACAAGUAUUUUGGAUGAUGACGUGGGAGCAAGAAUGCGAAAUAAUUGCAUGCUUAGCUUCGGAUAUGCAGUUAAAUGGUGAAAUCUAUUGGCCCACAAACGAAGAAGACAUCUUACACAUCGGCACGUUUACGAUUACAUUGAAAAAGAGGGUCAAUCAUGUUUCUUAUAUCCAAAGGGUUAUAUCUGUAUAUAAUAUUAAGAAAAAUUCAGAAAAGACUGUCGUGCAUAUGCAAUUUCUUACGUGGCCUUCCAACGGCUUCCCUAGUAGUCCAGGAACGUUACUUACAUUUGCAACAGACGUCAUGACGGAACAAGCGUUGCGACGUUGCUCAAAGCCCAUAAUUGUUCAUUGUCUGGACGGAGGAUCGUUGAGCAGCUUAUUUUUGGUUGCAACGGCAACAGUAUGUCAUAUAAGGGCUGGAUGUGGAAUAGUCGAUGUACCCCUGGUAUUUAAAGGUUUUCUCAAAUACCGCAAACAGGUUGUAAAUAAGGAAUCUCUGUUAUUUGCUUAUCAACUGGUUUUGUAUCACGCCCAAGACAUUUUAAUGAAACGCGGCAUUUUAUCAUCCACACGCUCAACUUUCGAAAACUUCGAAGGAUUCAAAGGGAACAAAGAUAAGAUCUCGAGAAAAAUGCAUCCUUCGGAUGAUUUCCUUCAAAGUCUCGGCAUUAACGCUCAACGAUCAGAUACCGAACAAGGUCAACAGAAAGCUGCGGCAAACAAUGGUACAGGACCUUCGAAUUCAACAUCCAUUCAAGAGAAAGGCAACGAAACAACGAUGGAUCCUUUGAAUCAGUUAGAUCCUUUGUGGUCCAUUAGAAGAUAAAUGAUUAUAAUUGGAAAGUAGAGUUUUAUUAUCCACGGAUUAAUAAAUCUAAUAUUUAAAUAAAUGAUUCCAUUCCUAUAUUUCUUAAAUUAAUGAUAUUAAUAAGGUACUGAGACAAAUGUAUAAACAACACGAUUCAUUUUAGUAUUAUAUAAAUGAAUAAUUAAACAUCUGAAAAAAACGUUCGUUUCUUAAUCCUAAAACAAUUGAGAAUUUCAACGUAAAUUGUUAAAUACGAGUAUAUCGAAUAAAACAUACGCACUGAAACAAA